AUGGUCCACAAACAAUUCUGUCCAUAUAAUCGUUAUCCCAAUCUGGCGACCUUUUUUUUUUUUUGGUUGGUAUUUUCGCAUGUUUGAUACAAAUGUGAAGAAGUAAGAGAUUGCAUUUGCAACAGAUAGCUUUAUAAUUAGGCUGUGAAGUGAAGAGGGGGAGAGAGACAACGAUAACAAAACAUUACGAGUGAGUUGUAAACUUGUAAUGGGAAGCAAAGGAGGAUGAGGAAACCAAGGUUUUUGUGUCUCCAUGGAUUUCGUACUAGCGGGGAGAUAAUGAAGAAACAGCUUUAUAAAUGGCCUAAAUCUGUGAUUGAUCGAUUAGAACUCGUGUUUCUCGACGCACCUUUUCCUUGUCAAGGCAAAUCUGAUUAUGAAGGCAUCUAUGAUCCUCCUUAUUACGAGUGGUAUCAAUAUAACAAGGAAUUCACAGAGUAUCCCAACUUGGAGAAAUGUUUUGAGUUUUUGGAGGAUCGUGUGGUCAAGCUUGGUCCCUUUGAUGGUCUCAUUGGUUUUUCUCAGGGGGCAAUUUUGUCUGGGGCUAUACUAGGAAUGCAAGCCAAGGGGAUUGCAUUUCAGAAAGUGCCAAAGAUCAAGUUUGUCAUAAUCAUUGGAGGAGCUAUGUACAAAUCCAAGAAGAUGAUAGAGAAUGCAUACUCGUCUUCCUUGGACACUCUCUCUCUCCACAUUUUAGGAGAGAAAGAUUUCGUGAAACAUUCUGCAAUCAAGCUGACAGAACUCUUCAAGAAUCCGGUUGUCGUUCAUCAUACCAAAGGCCAUAUCGUCCCGAGGCUUGAUGACAAAAGCUUGGAAAAAGUUACGGGGUUCAUCGACACCAUAGAGCAUCUAGUGAUGGAGGAAGACAAGAAGAAUGGUGAAAAAACUAAGAGCACCUCCAUUAGACAAAUAAUGGGGCGUCUUUAGCUAUUAACUUAAAAAAAAAAAAAAUUAAUGAGUGUACACUAACCGAAUAACAUUUUAGAACCCUUAAGAUACCUUAUAUGUCGUUACGGGAUUGGUUGAUGUUUUUUAAAAAAUUUUGUAUUUGGAAAAAAGAAACAAUAAUAGCGCGCAGCCGCAUGUAUAAAAAUAAAAUGAAACGAAACGAUAACGACGUGGAAAGAAGAAAUAUCUUACUACUA